GCGGGUGGCGGAGCCGCCAUGUCCUACGUGCCGGGGCAGCCGGUCACCGCCGUGGUGCAAAGAAUUGAAAUACAUAAACUCCGCCAGGGUGACAACCUGAUCCUAGGAUUCAGCAUUGGAGGCGGCAUUGACCAGGACCCCACUCAGAAUCCCUUCUCCGAGGACAAGACCGACAAGGGUAUUUAUGUGACGAGGGUGACUGAAGGAGGCCCAGCAGAAGUGGCGGGGCUGCAGAUCGGUGACAAGAUCAUGCAGGUGAACGGCUGGGACAUGACGAUGGUGACGCACGACCAGGCCAGGAAGAGGCUGACAAAAAGAAACGAAGAGGUGGUGCGGCUGCUCGUGACCAGGCAGUCUCUGCAGAAGGCCGUGCAGCAGUCGAUGAUGUCCUAAGCAAGCGUGAGGUUUGGGAAGGGCUGGGGAGGGAGAGAUACAGACUGGAUCUCAAGCAAGGAAGCAACUACUAGACCCGAACAGGCUGUCUGGAAGGAGUGUAUGUUCCUACCUGUGGUAAACACUGUUUUUUUCUUUUUUUCUUCUGGUGUCACUGACAGUAGUAAAACUCUACUCCCCUCAGCAGGGUGCUUCUCUGAAGUCUUCCUUGCAGGUCCUUGGAAGACCCUACAUAGGCCACGGUUCCAGGAGGACAGGACAAAUACUGAUUAUUUAAGGAAGUAACUACUAAUUAUUUAAGGAGCCCUAACUUUGACACAGAAGCUUCCUAUUACAAAAGGAAGUGAGGCUCCUACCAGGGAAGGUAAGAGAGGUUGCUGUGGUCAGGCCUCUAGCUGUGAGUUGUCCUGUCCUCCUGUGCUGGGAAAUUAAAAUGCCCCUGGGGUUGCACGCUGCUGUGGGGAGGAGCACUGCACUAAUCUCACCCUGUGCGAGCUGGACAGUGCGCUGACAGGUUUGGGCAUUCUGGUUUACAGCAGAGGUUCCCUGUAUGGAGCAACUUGCUCAGGCAAGAGACAACUGAGUGAUACAGAAGAGUUCGGUUAGUACCUGUGAAGUGCACUAAAGUCUCCUAGACACUCCAAUUCAUCUUUGCUGUCUGAGUGAAACCUUUAUUCUCCUUGCUCCUUAGUAAUUCUUAACAGCAAAGGAAUCAAGAUUAAAAGGCAGGAGUUCAGAGCAAUGUGAGCAGGUAGAGAAAAUACUGCUGCUGGACUCAGCAAAAGGGCUGCUCCUCUCUGUAGCCUGCCUUUCUUUAUACCAUUUCUGUCAGGCACCAGCUGGUGGGGAUGAAUUUUGGGUUGUGUCUUGUACAAGGCUUUCCUUAAAUUCCUGAUUUAUUGGAUGGAAGAGAUGAAUAUGCCAGUAAUUUGCAUAAGUGCCUCUUGACCAAAUUUAAGCUUCUAGUAAGCUACUAAGUUGUUGAGAUCAAUUACGUGCUACAGGAUUUAAGAUUCUUGCUGCAAAACUUAAGUUAAUUAUCUAGCAUCCUCUGUGGCUGGUUAACCAGCUAGCUUUACAGUUAUCUGAAAACUGGAGUUCUUAAUCCACCUCAGUUGAUUUAUACAUAUCUAUACUUUCCUUCUGCAGUUUUCAGGUAGGCUGUUGUAAAUAGAGCACGAGGAGAUGGCAGACUAACUUAUUCAGUACAUUACUGCUGUGCCAUAUAGGUCUAUUGUGAUUAAUGCAUCUCAGACUGUUCUGUACACACCAACAGAUGCCUCUUUACCAUUUUUGUAUCUAUUGAAUUAUUACAAUCCUGCUUUUGAAUUUUGUAUCAAUUGAUGAUUCAGUGGUAAUUUUUAAGGCUUUCAAACUGAAGUUAUUUUUGU